GCGGGAGAAGGGAAACCCUAAGAACAGAGCGGCGCGCUGAGAGAGCCCUCUCUUGCUUCAAGCUUCGCGUGUAUCGCUGCAAGGGCUCUCUUUCUGCUUCGCCUCGUUGCAUCGUCGCUUGAUCGGACAGGUUCAGGGUUCCUUUUGCAAUGGCGACAGCUACGGAGUCCGUGCAAUGCUUCGGCCGGAAGAAGACAGCCGUGGCUGUGACUUACUGCAAGAAGGGCAGGGGUUUGAUCAAAAUCAACGGGUGUCCCAUCGAGCUGGUUGAGCCCGAAAUUCUGCGUUACAAAGCUUUUGAGCCCAUCCUGCUUCUCGGGAGGCAGAAGUUUUCUGGCGUGGACAUGCGCAUCCGUGUCAAGGGUGGAGGUCACACUUCGCAGAUUUACGCUAUUAGACAGAGUAUUGCCAAGGCUCUCGUAGCAUACUUUCAGAAGUACGUCGAUGAGCAGUCGAAGAAGGAGAUCAAGGAUGUUCUCUUGAGGUACGACAGGACUCUGCUUGUGGCUGAUCCUCGUCGCUGCGAGCCCAAGAAGUUUGGAGGUCGUGGUGCCCGCUCUCGUUUCCAGAAGUCUUACCGUUAAGCGGCAAGGCGACUGUUUUGUUCGAGGUGGUUGCUAUAAUGCAUGCCGUUCUGAGAAAAUACCCGAGGUGCUAGAUUUUGGUAACCUAAAUUUUUAGUUUGUUAACCGGAGAUUCUUUGAAUCUCUACAUAUGCGGAUAUGCAUUGAGACGUUAACCCUAAUGGUACACGACAGAGCUUCCUCAUUUUCUGCACGUGUUCUUUUUCAAGGUUA